AUGCGGCUGCCUCCUUGUGCGAACAGCAUGAACGACGCGCGACAUAUUUGCGACUUGGCGGACGAAUUGCUCAGUGAAAUCCUCUCGUUCCUCCUAGAGUUGGAUCCUCCGAUAAAAGGAGCAUCUCAGACGUACUAUCAGCAUAACUCGCAAUGCACUGGUGAUGCGCGCAUUCAUUUGUAUGGGGAGAAGUCCGACUUGGAUCGAUUCAGACUUGUAUGCAAGAGAUUCAGGCGAAUCGGCGCUCCAAGGAAAUUCCGUCGAUUUGUCCUGCGGUUUUCGCGGAAUGAAUUUGGACGAUUGGAAGAUUUCUUGACUAUGCAACUAGCCUGUCAUGUGAGGUAUUUCACUUACAUGGUGCGACCAUUCUAUUCAGAAAACGGUACAGUAACUGAAGAUUCUUCGACGCCAACAAAAAAGACGGAUCCUUCACUAUUCAACACAGUCAAACAUCGGUUGCAGGACCAACAACAGAUCGUCCAGGAAAACCAGGAUCUUCUCUUGCUGCGGCGUGCAAUAGCGUCGUUUUCGGGUCUUCAGCAGGUCAAACUACUGAGAUUACAGGACGAGGCGGACGAGAUAUUAAUGGGACACACUCAAGGGCGCCCGAUGGAACGAUCAACCAUUCUGGAAUGGGAGCCCGCUUGCACUCGAGCAGUCACAAAUCUGGCGAUUUCUCUUCUGGAAUCAAGUUGUAACUCCAUUCGCUUUGUUGGGCCUCAAAUGAGUUCCGAUUCCAUGAUCAGGCUACUGCAAACUCCUCCCAUGAUGUUCUCCGCCUUGGGCGAACGAUUGCUGAGCCUGGAUAUCACCUUCCAGUCGUACACUGGGAUGGCCACUGCAAUGUCAAAGGUGUCUAGCGUCUUCCAUGAUUUCUUCCGGGCGGCUCGAAAUCUGACUGCCGUCCAUUUCGGAGUUCCUGGCAACGGAUCUGUAUUUCUCCCGGUAAAACAGAUGUUUCAUCGCGUCCAAUGGAAACGGCUCCAAACUGUCAGCCUGCAGGGUUGGUGCCUGGAUGCAGACGACAUCAUCACAAUAGUCCUUCAACACAAGCGACAGAUUCGUGACAUCAGGCUCAUCAAUGUGCACCUUCGAGACGGACGCUGGCGGGACGUGUUAGCCUGCCUCUGUGAAGAGACGGAGCAAUUGGAACGUAUAGACCUGCGCGAAAUCGACUACGUCAGACAAACACAAUCCGCCGACCACACGAACGGUAGCAGUAGCAGGCAUAGUAACGGCAACGGCGCUGGAGUUAGUAUUAUAGAGGCCAUUCCCGCGCUCUCCCUCGUGUCCAAUCUGCCCUCUGGCCCUCCCCAGCCAGUCACCUUUGACGACGAUUACAUGUCAUUAGCUCCGCGAGGAACAUUGAGGCGAUCAAUACCAAAGGCGACCAUGCAAAAGCUGCGCACUCUGACAGUCGACGAGCUCGGGGACGACGGACUCGCAGUCAAGCGUGAACAGAUCUUCCUCUGGGAAGCGUGGGUUCUUUCAAGUUCACAAAUGUCUUUUUCGAGGCAGUGA